CUUAACACAGCACCGAGCACAAGCCUCAACCUUAUUUGAAUUUCUUGUUUCUCUAGUAAAGAUGGCUUCUUUUAACUCUUCCUCAUCAACCAUCACUACCUUCAAAUUCCAUUUUGGGGCAUUUCUGCUUCUUGUUGGUGUUGCUUCUGCUCAAUUAGCUUCAAACUUCUAUGGAACAUCAUGCCCCAGUGUCCUUUCUGUCAUUAAAUCAGCUGUUGACUCAGCAGUGUCAAAUGAGGCUCGCAUGGGGGCAUCCUUGCUCCGUCUUCAUUUCCAUGAUUGCUUUGUUAAUGGGUGUGAUGCAUCAGUGCUUUUGGACGGUGGAGAAAAGACAGCACCAGCAAAUACUAAUUCUCUGAGAGGUUUCGAAGUUAUUGACAGUAUUAAAACUCAAUUAGAGAGUUCCUGCCCUGGUGUUGUGUCCUGUGCUGACAUCUUAUCUGUUGCUGCUCGGGACUCUGUUGUUGCUUUGGGUGGUCCUAGUUGGCAAGUUCAAUUGGGCAGGAGAGAUUCAGCCACAGCAGGAAGUGUUAGCGAUGUUAAUAACAACGUCCCUUCCCCAGCCUUGAGUGUCAGUGGCCUCAUCUCUGCCUUCUCCAACAAAGGUUUCACAGCUAAAGAAAUGGUGGCUCUUUCUGGAUCUCACACAAUAGGGCAAGCAAGAUGUACCACAUUCCUAACCAGAAUCAACAAUGAAACCAACAUAGAUUCCUCGUUCAAAACAUCAACACAAGCUCAAUGUCAGAAUACUAACAAUUUUGUUCCUUUGGAUGUCACGAGCCCAACAUCUUUCGACAGUGCUUACUACAGGAACUUACUGAACCAAAAGGGUCUUUUACACUCUGACCAGCAACUCUUUAGUGGGGGCUCUACAGAUGCUCAAGUUAGGGCUUAUAGCUCUAAUCAGGCUGCUUUCAGGACAGACUUUGCAAAUGCAAUGAUAAAGAUGGGAAACCUUAGCCCACUUACUGGCACAAAUGGCCAGAUCAGGACCAAUUGCAGGAAGGCCAAUUGAAUACUCUGCCCAAUGGUCCAAAUGGCUUGCAGCUCUUGUUUAUGUGUGUGAGUAGAUCCUAAAAAUAAAGGAGGGCAUAUAUAUACAUGUCUACAUGUUAUUUUGCUCUCUUGUAAGGUCGCGGAAAAAGUUUGUGCGAUCCUAUUUCCAUCUUCUAGCGUACAAUACUUGGGAAAAAGUUUCCAAGUAGUCUGUAUUUGUAAAGCGAUGUGAGAUGUGACUUAUGAAAUCUAUGCAAUUGGAGUUUUGUUUUUCAGAA